AUGUCUGGCUCCAAUCUACACAACGCUCUUCUCCGCCCGCCAAUUAUCCAGAUCCUGCGCGCAGCAGGCUUUCAUGCAACGCGACCAUCCGUUUUAGACACCCUCGCUGACCUUACCGCCCAAUACAUCAUGAUCCUUGCUUCAUCUGCGACUACCCAUGCUGCCAACGCUCAUCCACAUGACCCUGUUCCGGUCUUAGAAGAUAUCUACCAAGCCUUGCAAGAUGCAGGCGCGCUACGACCCCAGCUUCGAGAGUGGGAGGAGGACUGGCAGGGAGAAGAGGAUAUGCGAGGAUUGGAGGGCUUUCUGUCAUGGUUCACCGGGCCGGCCAACCGGGAGAUUCGACGGAUUGCUGGAUUUGUGCCCAGCGAAGGCGACAUGGUCGAUGCGGACGCUCUCGAGAAAGAAGACUUUUUGACGGCAUUGAAGAAGAAACACAGCAAAACCGGCGAAGAGUCGAGAUAUGCGGGAACUGUGCUAGGAAAGAAUGCCGACGAGCAUCCUAUUAUCAUCGAGGGCGGCGCGCCCAGUCUCCAGGACUGGGGUUCACAAAUGCGGUCGCGGGCGCCGUACAUGGCUGACAGCGAUUCGUCUGGUGUCAGUAGUGCGCCGAGCAACCUGUCCGAUGGUGAAGGGAUGGAUGUGUGA